AUGCUUGCCUAUUCAUACACUCCCGCUUUCCGUCGUUUUCUCGCUCUGGAAAAGAGGUUGGCUGCCAAUGAAAACAUCCGCCAAGAAUACUUGCAGUUCAUGCAGGAGUAUGAAAAACUUGGGCAUAUGGAGGUGAUUUCGCGCGCGGUUAACGGUCCACAGUUUUUCCUCCCACAUCAUGCUGUUCACCGUCCAGAAAGUACAACCACGAAGACUCGGGUUGUAUUUGAUGGGUCAUGCCGGGGAACAAACAACGUCUCGAUCAACGAAGCUCUGGUCGCUGGUCCAACAAUUCAACCUGUUUUGUACUCGACGGUUAUCAAUUUCCGUAAGCCACGCUUUGUUGUGACUGCUGACGUCGAAAAAAUGUUCCGACAAAUCUGGGUUCAUUCAGAUGAUUGUCGGUUCCAGCAAAUUUUAUGGAGGUAUAAUCCAGUAGAACCAAUCCAAGUCUACCAACUAAAAACCGUGACAUACGGCCUCACCAGCUCACCGUUUCACGCUACGCGAGUUCUCAGCCAAUUAGCAUUGGAGGAUGGAGAACGUUAUCCUUUGGCCGUGCCUGUCAUUCGACAAGGGACAUACGUCGAUGAUGUUCUGACGGGUCACGAUGAUUUAAAGACCCUUCAACAAACUUGUGAGCAAUUGAUUGGACUACUUGCGAAUGCCAAAUUCGUGUUGCGAAAAUGGGCCACCAAUGACAGCACAGUAUUGAUUAAAGUUCCGACAGAUUUAUGGGACGCCUCAAAUCAACUGGAAAUCGAUCGGACGGCAUCCAUUAAAACUCUUGGCCUCCUAUGGUUACCUAAAUCUGAUGGGUUCAUGUUUAAAAUACCCACUCUACAUAGCCAAUGUGUCAUCACAAAAGGAGUAGUUGUUUCCGAGAUGUCACGUUUAUUUGACCCUAUCGGGUUGCUUGGACCCGUCGUGAUUAACGCCAAAAUUCCCAAGAAGAAUUGUGGCAAACACUGCUUCUGUGACGCUUCAACCAAAGGUUACGGAUGUUGCAUUUACAUUGUGUUCCCAAACGAAGCCGGUGAGCUUCAAAGCCACCUUCUUACCUCGAAAUCUCGCGUAGCCUCGUUACGUGGUCAUUCAGUGCCACGAUUAAAGCUUAGUGCAGCUCGUCUUGGCAGUCAGCUUGUAGAUAAGCUUAAACGAACGACACAGUUCACCGAAUCUGCAACCAUGUGGACUGACUCAACGAUCGUGCUACACUGGAUCAAAUCGAAAUCUAGUAAAUGGAAAGUUUUUGUUUCGAAUCGUGUGGCUGAAAUUCAACGAUUGACCAAGGGCCUCGAGUGGAAACACGUCCCAACCAACUUAAACCCUGCUGAUAGAAUUUCCCGGGGCACUCUGGCGAGCCACAUCGUGAAGGACGAUUUAUGGUGGCAUGGACCCAACUUUUUGCGUUCCACGAUUGAUAAUUGGCCUGACCAGCCGAUGUCACUUCCAGAAAACCUUCAAGCUUAUGAAGAAGCCCAAUGUGUGGUGUCACUACAUAUGUCCGACUCACCCGACGACUUCAACGUCAUAACGCCUGGGCAUUUCCUAAUCGGGGAAUCUUUAGUUUCUAUAUCUGAACCAGAUCUGAGCCACAUUAACCCGGGUCAUCUUGAUCGCCUUCAACACAUGAAAAAAUCGCUACAGGAUCUCUGGGCGCGUUGGUCGCAGGAUUACGUCAGUCAAUUACACCAGCGCUCCAAAUGGAAGAGUCCACAGCCGGAUCUGCAGCCGGGACAACUAGUGUUAUUGAAAGAGAACUCUCCACCGCUUCAAUGGCCUUUAGGGCGUAUCAUCGAGACAAUUCCCAGAAGAGAUGGUCAUAUCAGAGUGGUCGUGGUGAAAACGACCACAGGGAAAUAUAAACGUGCGAUUACGGAAGUUGCAGCUCUCCCCACGAGUCCCGAUGAGGUCUAA